AGCUACAUCUUCAUAUACUACUAUGGGUUAUAGAUGUUGCAGUUGCAGUAUCAUUUUUCAAUAGCUGAGGCGUACGAGUUUUUCCGUUUUUACUUGAAGCUGUGACUUCAUGACCAUAGGUGACUCAAGCACAUAGGGUCCUACGUAUUUGAAUUACCUUUUUUAAGAAUACCCCAUAAUCUGCAAGAAAAGAUGUGACGUCCUCUGCCGAACUUUUAUCCAAGUUCGAUUAUAUUAGACAUAUCUGUCAUUGGUCGCGUAAAUGAAAUUUAUCCUAAUCCGGGUUAUGUUGCAAGUGCCGUGUGGAGGUGCAAGGACCAAACCCCAGGUCAAAUUGAUUGAGCCGCCAUGGAAAAUGUGGGCUAUAUAUACCUCCUGGGAAAUCUCCCUGCGACAGAAUUAUUACGAAGGGUCCUUUGAUAUCUCAUGUUCAACUCUACCUCUGUCUCGGACUAGGUAGCUGCUUCAACAUGUCGUCGAUCUGGAGUUCUCUCCUGCUGUCCUCGCUCCUCGCUGGAGCUAGGACGGCGGCAUUGGCCGUGCCUCCUAGUGGAUGGGAAUCAAAGAUAGAGGUUAUUCGCAACCCUGUCUACCCGCUUGAUGUCGUAGACAAACUAGAAACGGAUACCAUGCCUAAGGUUGAGUCAUGGUUAGCCGACAAGAUUGCUGCAGGCAAGAACAACAACUGCACACUGGAGACCGCAGCUGUACGCAGGGAGUGGAGCGACCUCAGCGAGGAACAGAGAAUCGAGUAUGUCGCUGCUGUGACAUGCUUGAUGAAUAAGCCUACCACAGUAGAUACGACGAGGUUCCCAGGAGCCAACAGCCGAUACGACGAUUUUGUCGCAUACCACAUGACACACGCCAUGCAACUUCACGACAACCUCCACUUGUUUGGCGCUCAUAAAUACUACGUCUACCAGUUCGAGAAGGCUCUCCGUGAGGAAUGUGGCUAUACCGGCUACCAGCCUUACAUGAACUACGACCGUUAUGCCGAUGACCCAGAGAACUCUCCCUUACUCAACGGCAAUGCGUCCAGUCUUGGAGGCAAUGGUAAACUGGACCCCUCGUAUAAGGGCGUUCCCCAGCCAGGGCGAACUCCCAACAUUAUCGCGUCAGGCGGUGGUGGUGGCUGCGUCACUGAGGGACCUUUCUCCGAAAUGGUCGUCAGUCUCGGACCGACCUCAAUGUCGAUGGGUUCCAACCUUCCCAAGAACCCGAAGUCCGACGGUACGGGCAAGAAUCCGCGAUGCUUGCGUCGCGACAUCAACAAAAAUGCUCUCAUGGGAGCUAGGGCUGACCGUGCUUACCAUCUCAUUAACGAGAAUGAUAACAUGGACAACUUCUACAACGAAUUACUAGGAACUCCGCCACCUAGAAAUGACCCCUACCCCUGGGGAAUCCACACCGCAGGCCAUUACGUCGCCGCCGUUGACCCCGGUGGUGAUCCGAUGACUUCGCCCGGUGACCCGCUCUUCUACUUCCACCACACGGCUUUGGACCGUCUAUGGUGGAUCUGGCAGAUGCAGGACCCAGAGAACCGCCUCUAUGCUAUUCCGAACGUGAACAUGACCAUGCCUAUGCACAAGCGGGCGGAUGACCCCCACAAGACCAUUGUUGACCUAGAAUGGCUUGGUCCUCCCAUCAACCUUCUGGAGACGCAUGAUCAGCUUGGUGGAAAUGGUGGUGCUUUCUGUUAUGUCUACGUUUAGUGCUGGGGAUGGAGUGCUCGUAUACAUAGCUUAGUUACCUAGGUAUUCAAGAUAGCGGUGUUUAUUCCAAGCUUGAAUAUAUCCUGUC